AUGACUGCUGCGGGAGUCUCCCCAUCAAGCUCCCCGCGGCUUCCCAGUCCUCCUCCAUUUACUGAGGUUCAGAUUGGGCCUCAGUCACCGUCCGUUGGUGAGGCCUUUGGCAGAGAUGCAGACCUGCUUGGUGUUGCGAUGGGAGAAAAUGAUGCCUCGACACGCAGAAUCCGGCCAGGGACCAAGUCCGCCGACAUGGCAUCUGGCCCGCCGGUGAUUCCCAUUUCGCAGAUUGAUUCUCCAUUCCCGUUCCAGGAACACCUCAAGGCCAAGUUCCAUGAGCUUACGAACCCCAAAGGAUCCGACAAACUGGUCCCGAUCACAAUCGAAGAUGCGCAGAAGCUGGCAAGCCCCCCGGAUGAGGAUGUCGAUGAAUCGAUAUGGCUCUACGAACUGUGCCGUUUCUUCACAAUAGAAGCUAAUCGCCUAAUCACAGGCUUUCUUGAGGAGAGCCCGCCCUGCUCAGUGCAAACUUGUCCCGAGAUGAAGGUCAACGAGUGGCAGUAUAUUUGUGCGGCGCACGGUGAACCACAAUAUUGCUGCGCAAUUGAUUAUUGCUGCCAUACUCUAGAUUGGGCCAUGAACAUCCUCUCAUCGGACCAAUUCAGUCGAGUGGAUUUGAAAGUUCAUAGUGCCAAAAUCUUGCCAGAUAUCUUCCGUCGUCUUUACCGCAUCUUCGCACACGCAUGGUUCAGGCAUCGUAACGUGUUUAAGAAGGUGGAUGACCGUGACGGUCUGUACGUCUUUUUCAAGACUGUUUGUGUUACACACAAGCUUCUGAAGGAGAACCAGAUGUACACAAUUCCCCCUGUGGCCGGAGGACCCGAUCUACCGCCUAAAGAAGAAAAAGCCAUCAACAGCAAAGCUCGCACUAUUCUGCGCAAGGAGGAUGAACCCCCAUUCGGUGCUGCUGUGGAGAGUCAGGACCCGGCGCUCGUCACCGGCGCGACCACCCGUCGGCACAAGCACAGUCCUUCAACAGGUUCGCGUGUCACAAGUAUCGCCGAGGAUGCGGAAGAUUCGGAGGAAAUUCCGCCCUCGCAACUGCGUGGGCCCCUGAAGCAAUCGCCCGAGCCGCGACCUGUUUCUGUUUUGGAAAUACAGAGCAAAGAGGAACCUACUACCGCAGAUGACACACCUACUGAUGUUGGGGAACCCUCUGAAGAGCGAGUGGAGGAAUCUCAGGAACAGUCACCGCAAGAACCCUAUGAGCAGCCGUCUGAAACUCCUGAAGACCAGGAAAAGAUCGAGCGAGUUGAGCACACUGAGCAAACUAAGCAACCAGUCUCUGAAGAAUCAGCUACAAAUACAGAAUCGUCCAUCGAUGAGCAUUCUACGGAAGAAAAGACAACUUCCAGCGCAGAGGCAACUCCAGCUGAAGAGCCUAAAGCUAAGAUUGAAGCGGCACAAGAGCCUUCCGUUUCCCCAGAAACCAAAGACGAGCCAAAGAAAGAGGAGUCUUGA